CAUGGAUGGGGAGGACUGUCGGCUGUGAGCAGAUGUCUCCUCUGUGUUCUGAGCUACGUCCAGCCAUGAGUGUAGAAAACUCGUGUUAAACUCAUGUUACACGUCUCCAAAGUUCCCCGUAGCCCUGCAGGCAGUUUUGGGUCGGGCAUGUUUUUGAAGGGAGCUGUAAAACACGAUGGUUUUGUUCUCAAACGAGCAUGAAUCACCGAGGAAGCGCUCAGUGAGCUGCUGCCAUCACGGGGCUCUUUGGGGACAGCGGCUGUCAGCCAUGAUGCGCCACGGGUCACGUCAGUUGUCUUAGAGAGACGAGGGAAAUGGAACAAGAGAUGAGGAAGGAAGCGGAGGGAUGGAAUGGGCAGCUCGAGCGGCCCAGGCAGCAAAUGGCGGCACGACGGGGCGGGGCGGAGCGGGCGGAAGGCGGGAGGAGCGGGGCGAGGGGCCGGAAGAUGGCAGGGCUGGAAGCGCAGCUACUGCUGGGCGUGGGGCUGAUCGAAAAGGACACUAAUGGAGAUGCUCUGUGGGUUUGGUGUUACCCGUCUGUGACGGCCGAGCUGAGGGCUCUGCUGCUGCGGAAAUGCUGCCUUACGGAUGAGAGUAAACUGCUCCAUACCUUCGUGUUCGGCCAGUACAAGAGGACGUGGUUCUACAUCACCACCGUGGAAGUUCAAGACUCCCCAGCCUUGAAAAAGGUGACCCACUUCUCCAUUGUUCUGACAGCCAAAGACUUCAACCCAGAGAAAUAUGCAGCUUUCACUCGGAUACUCUGUAGAAUCUACUUGAAGUAUGGAACUCCUGUGAAAAUGAUGGAGAGUUACAUUGCAGUUCUUACAAAGGGGAUCUGCCAAAGUGAAGAAAAUGGAUCCUUCCUCAGCAAAGACUUUGAUGCUCGGAAGGCUUAUCUUGCUGGUUCCAUUAAAGAUAUAGUAUCUCAGUUUGGAAUGGAAACGGUUAUCUUAUACACAGCUCUGAUGUUAAAGAAGAGAAUCGUGGUGUACCAUCCUAGAAUAGAAGCCAUCCAGGAAUUUACCAGGACUUUGCCUGCUUUAGUGUGGCACCGGCAGGACUGGUCAAUUCUUCAUUCAUAUGUACAUCUAAAUGAAGAGGAACUGGAAGCCUUAAAAGCCUGCACAGGUUACAUUGCUGGAUUUACAGAUUCUGAAGUGAGCAGUAGACCAGACCUCUACGAUGUGUAUGUGAAUUUGGCAGACAGUGAGAUCACCAUUUCUCCUGUAGUAAAAGAGGCAAUGACAAUGGGAAAACUUCACAAAGAAAUUGGGCAGCUAAUUGUUCAGUCUGCAGAAGAUCCAGAUAAAUCAGACAGCCAAGUCAUCAAGGAUAUUUCUCUGAAGACAAAAGAAAUCUUGUCUACUUUAGCCUCACUUACUGAAGUUUCUGAUGGCAAUGAAAAACCCACCCUGAACUCUGAAGCUCUGAAACAAAAGCGAUUUCCACCAGCUACGGAGAAUUUUCUUUUUCAUUUAGCAGCUGCUGAACAAAUGCUUAAAAUCUGAUUCUGGUGCACUUCAGUACAAUGGACCAACUCCAAAAGCUGUCUUGGACAUAUGAACAGGAAUACCUGAUUUUUGUAUGGAAAAAUUAAAAGUGUAAGAGUAAAUGCCAUAUUUACCUUGAUGUAAUACAGAAUAUUGGAGCUUGACCUGGAACAUACAGAGGUAUAUUUGAUAACGUUCCUGGUGUCAUCUUUCCCCAACUAUAACUUUGUACAUAUGGUUCUUGCAUUUCAUGUUACCACCUGGGUGUAUAUACACGUAGUGUGGGCUCAUGCAUCCAGGCUGUGCCAGGUGUUGUUGUAGCAGCCAUUUGUCUUGCAUGUCCCCAAUGACAGACAGCUCUGACUUGUGUCUGGAACACAGGGUGCAGCAUAUGCUGUAAAACUGGUGCAUUUUGGAUGUGCCAGUCUCUGCACAGGGAUGUGCUGAACAUGGAGUUGUUCUGAGUGCUCAUUCAGGGCUUUCCAGGUAUGUCAGGUUGUCAGACACUGCUCUUGCUCUGGACUACCUGAUACCUGGAAAUCCCAAAUAAAUGGACAAGUUCUCUUCUUUCUACUUGAAAGUGUCUAAAUAUAGAAAAAGGAUGUUUGGGAAAAUCUGAUGUGGUAGCCUUAUUAUAUAAAAGAAGGGGUGUUUUAAAGCUCACAUGGGAGUCAAGCACCUCUUUUGGACUCUUGCCUUACAAGUUUUCCCCCCUUUCACUCCAUCUCAUGCCUCUGGUGGAGGGAAAAGAGGACAGGAUUAUUAUUACUUACUGGGGUUUCCUAGGAGGCCACAGACAAGUGCUGCUUUACAGCUGAAGUAGUUUAAGAAGCUGUUGGGGCUCUCAGCUGGGAAGGUAUCUGGCUGUUACUUCCUGAUCCAUUUGUCAGAAAAUCCCAUUAAUUAAAGUCAAAUGGGCAUGAAAUGGUCAAACAGCCCCAACCAGUUGGAGCACCAAUCUCAAACACCUGAGCUGCAUCACAGGUACUGCCUGAUGGUGCUCGGUGUGGGCUAAAAGUAGAUGGAAGCUUUUGAAAUAAUGGUGAAAAUUAGAACACAGUUUAUAGAAGAUGAAGAUAUACCUAUACCUACUUGCUUGGUUGCAUAGCUCUUACCCACAACUUUUGUUUGUUGUUUUUCCACGGAGCAGCCUGAAACAAACUGCUUUGUAGGGUUCUGAGAAGAAUUGAGAUUCUGCGUAGGGGGAAUGCUCUGAGCCAAGCAACAUUGUCUUCCUCCACAAAUGUCCACAAAAAUAAGUAAACUCUGCAGUAGCACUUUGAAAUAACAAAAAACUAACUUUUUUUUCCCUAGCCUUUGUACAGAUGGGCUGUAGCAUGUGGUUUUACCUAGAGAUUUUAUACUUAUGAUUAAAACUUUAGUAAUCAAUAUUUAUGUUGUUAAAUAAUUGGAUGUUUGCUAUUCUGCAAUUGUUAGAGGUCAUCACUAACUAUGUGCAAGCAAUAUUGGUUUGGAAAAGGGUUGGCCUUUUGCUAUGUAUCAUACUACAUUAAGAUCUGUUUUAGUGUGGGUAAGGAAUGUGGCAUCUACAUUUUAAAGUGGCUGCCCAUUAUAGUCAGUAAAUGGAAGUGCUUCAGGAUAAUCCCCUAUUUUCAGGGGUAUAAAAUUGUACUUUAAAUACUUACUCUGUGGUUUGAAUUCCCUACACAGGAGAGCGGUGUCUUUUGUUUUAUCUGAGAACAAGUUGCCUUCAUUUACCUCUAAGUGCUCUGCAGCUUUUUCCCCAUUAGGCCAUUAAGGUGGUGUGAUGGGUUUGGUUUUGUUUAUUCUUCUCCUUUUAAUCGUUCUUCAUUACUGCUCUUUCUAUUCCAGGGUUUCUGUAACAGUUAGAACAGCACAACUGCAAAAUUAGGCUGAAAAUUCUCAGGAUCUGCAUUGAAGUCUGCUGAGAAAAACCUGAACUUUUGUCAGAUACUGUAAUGCCACAUUGUAACUGCAGAGAAAUUCAGUUUCUUUUUAACAGAAAGCCCUGGAGAUGUCCUCAUUAAGGUGGUUUUGGGGUUAGAGACAACCACAAAAAGCCAAGAAGCUCAGACACAAAGUAAAUGUUGAUGCUUUUUUCUGCUUUCUUUUAAAGGCAGGAAGGUUUCAGUUUUAGAUCCUGUAUCCUAACAUUUGUGUGACACAAAUGAGCGAUGAUUUUGCACUUAAAGAACUGGACUCACAGCAUGCUUAUGCCUAUUAAAAACAAAAAUCCUGACCA